AUAUGUGGAUGCUAGUUGGUACUUGAAUAAUCCUAAUAGGAAUGCUGAUGAUGAUUAUAAGAUGAGAAGGAUUCCUGGAGCUAUACGAUUCGAUAUUGAUACUAUACGUGAUACAUCCAAUGAGCAUUUAUCAUCAUUACCACAUAUGUUACCAUCUCCAUCAACUAUUAAUAAAUGGUUACAUGAUAAUAAGGAUAGAUUAGUUGUAUAUACUCAUCCUGGUAGUUUUGCUGGACCAAGGGUAUGGUGGAUCUUUACUCUUUAUGGUUUAAAUACUGU